CUGUCUGCGCGUGCGCGGAUCUCUAAACCAGGAAGGUGUUGUGUUUAUGAACCGGUGCAACGACAAAAACAGCGGAGAUCCAGAAUGAUAUGAAGGAAUAGAAGGUAGAGUGGGCUGGGAUGGCAGUAUGUGCUCUAACUGUGCUAGACGGGGUCGGGGAGGAGGCCACGACGUUGGGUGGCGUGGUCGUGCUGUUCCUGGCGCUGGUCCUCGCCUGGCUGUCUACCCACGUGGCUGACCGUGGAGACCACAUUUUGGGAACUAUUCUCACUGUGGGUGCCCAUGCCUCCCUUAUUGGUUUGGGGGGUCACGACAGCUAUGCGGGCUCCCCUCCCAGCUCAGAGCCCAGUGAGCAACCAGAUGAGGAGCCAGUAGACGAGGAGAAACAGGAAGAAGAUGUGCCGGGAGAGGAGCUGUUGGAUAUUCAGGGCGCCAGGAAGAAAGUGAGCCGUGUUCAGGGUGAUGGAGAGGAAGUGAUGGAAGAGGAAGAAGAAGAUGAGGCCACAAGUAUCACUGUGAGACUGAAAUUCUUGAAUGACACAGAGGAGCUUGCUGUGCUCAGACCACAGGAUACAGUAGGACUGCUGAAGAGUAAGUAUUUUUCUGGCCGUGAACAUCAGAUCAAGCUCAUUUACCAGGGCCAGCUCUUGCAGGACCCCCAGCGGUCUCUUGUGUCUCUCAACAUCACCCACAACAGCGUGCUCCACUGUCACAUCUCCCAAGUCCAGGAACUGCGUGAGGCCGUGGCAGAGGACAACCCUCGAGUUGGUGUGAGAUCCAUGCUCAGCGGGGGGCUGCGAUCGGCCGGUCUGGCUCUCAGCACUGGAGGCCUGGUGAUCCCAGUGUUUGUGGUGCUCCUUGCCGUGGUCUGGUACUUCCGAAUCAACUACCGCCAGCUGUUCACUGCACCGGCCACCAUCUCUCUGGUUGGGGUCACAGUCUUCUUCAGUUUUCUCAUAUUUGGCAUGCACAGUUGA